CCUCCGCUCCCCUCCCGCGCUGGAUCCCCGGCUGAUCCAGGCCAGGUUUUGCAGCGGCGUCGGCGCGUGCUGAUUCCUCUUCGGUUGCCCCCGGCAGCGGUCCUCGGUGGGAGAUCAUGGUGCAGGACGAACUGUGGGCUGCGUUCUCCGGCCCCUCCGGGGUUGCCCUGGCCUGCUGCUUGGUGGCAGCGGCCUUGGCCCUGCGUUGGUGCAGUCGCCGGAUGGCGCGGGGCGCGGCGGCCCAGGCGCGACAGAGGCAGCAAGCGGCCUUGGAGACCAUGGACAAGGCGGCGCAGCGCUUCCGGCUCCAGAACCCCGAUCUGGACUCGGAGAUGCUGCUGGCCCUGCCACUGCCUCAGCUGGUACAGAAGGUACGAAGUGGGGAGCUGUCUCCAGAGGCUGUGCUCUUUUCCUACCUGCAAAAGGCCUGGGAAGUAAACAGAGGGACCAACUGCGUGACCACCUACCUGGCAGACUGUGAGGCUCAGCUGUGCCAGGCGCCCAGGCAGGGCCUGCUCUACGGUGUCCCUGUCAGCCUCAAGGAGUGCUUCAGCUGCAAGGGCCAUGACUCCACGCUGGGCUUGAGCCGGAACCAGGGGACACCAGCAGAAUGUGACUGCGUGGUGGUGCAGGUGCUGAAACUGCAGGGUGCUCUGCCUUUCGUGCACACCAACGUCCCCCAGUCCAUGUUCAGCUAUGACUGCAGUAACCCCCUCUUUGGCCAGACCACGAACCCAUGGAUGUCAUCCAAGAGCCCGGGCGGCUCCUCGGGAGGUGAGGGGGCCCUCAUUGCUGCUGGAGGCUCCCCACUGGGCUUAGGCACCGACAUCGGGGGCAGCAUCCGCUUUCCCUCCGCCUUCUGUGGCAUUUGCGGCAUCAAACCCACGGGGAACCGCAUCAGCAAGAGUGGCCUGAAGGGCUCUGUCUAUGGACAGGUAGCAGUGCAGCUCUCAGUGGGCCCCAUGGCGCGGGACGUGGAGAGCCUGGCCCUGUGCCUGCGUGCGCUGCUGUGCGAAGACAUGUUCCGCCUGGACCCCACCGUGCCUCCCCUGCCUUUCAAGGAGGAGGUCUAUGCAAGCUCUCAGCCCCUGCGUGUUGGGUAUUAUGAGACCGACAACUACACCAUGCCCACGCCGGCCAUGAGGCGGGCCCUGCUGGAGACCAAGCGGAGCCUUGAGGCUGCAGGCCACACGCUGAUUCCCUUCCUGCCGGCCAACAUACCCCAUGCUCUGGAGGCCCUGUCAACGGGCGGGCUCUUCAGUGAUGGUGGGAAGAGGUUGCUACAGAACUUCAAAGGCGAUUACGUGGACUCCUGCUUAGGGGACCUGAUCUCAAUUCUGAGGCUGCCCAAAUGGCUUAAAGGACUGCUGGCUUUCAUGCUGAGGCCUCUGCUCCCAAGGUUGGCAGCCUUUCUCAGCAGCCUGAGGCCUCGGUCGGCUGGAAAGCUCUGGGAACUGCAGCACGAGAUUGAGAUGUACCGUCACUCCGUGAUUGCCCAGUGGCGAGCGCUGGACCUGGAUGUGGUGCUAACCCCCAUGCUGAGCCCUGCUCUAGACUUGAAUGCCCCAGGCAAGGCCACAGGGGCCGUCAGCUACACGCUGCUCUACAACUGCCUGGACUUCCCCGCGGGGGUGGUGCCUGUCACCACGGUGACUGCCGAGGACGAGGCCCAGAUGGAGCAUUACAAGGGCCACUUUGGGGACAUCUGGGACAAGGUGGUGCAGAAGGCCAUGAAGAGGAGCGUGGGGCUGCCUGUGGCCGUGCAGUGUGUGGCUCUGCCCUGGCAGGAGGAGCUGUGUCUGCGGUUCAUGCGGGAGGUGGAGCGACUGAUGGCUCCUGGGCGGCAGCCCUCCUGACCGCUGCCCGCCCGGCCCCCCCAGGACCUGAGACCCACUGGAUCCGCGCCCAGCGGAGUCAGGACACAACUGCCACCGUGCGAGAAAAUGUUCAACCUCGGGCAGAGGCUUCCCGGUCUCUCCCCCUCGCCCCUGCCAGAAGCCCAGAACCACUGAGUCUGGACCUUGCUCUUCCCGUGGCCCCUGCUCUGCCCUGACCCCGCCAAUGUGGCAGCUAGUGGGUAUGACAUGGCAAAGGCCCCCCAGCCGUCAAAAACCGGUUCCUGGUCUCCAUACUUUCUGGCAGUCGUUGUUAGGGCAGUGGGGGUUGGAGACCUGACCUUCUGGAACCUGACUCCAGCCAUGUCCGUCUUGUGCUGCAGAAGCUUCUCUGGUCCUCGUCACUCACAGGCAGACGCCGGCUUCUCCGAGUGGGCCUUGCAGCCCAGGACUUCACCCCUCUGCCCCCCAGCCUAAGCCCUACUUUGCGAGGCAUUGUCUUCUCUCCUGCCCUCUGCUGAGGGUGCCCUUUCUGCUCCUCUACCAUUAAAUCCUUUGAGGCCUA